AUGGCUGCUCGCCAGCGGGAUGAAGUUUCUCCAUUGGCGAAUCUCGCCAACAGCGCCGCCGCCCUGCUUCUUGCUUUCGCCGUGCUGAGUUCGCGAAGAGCGGAGGCGCAGGGCGAGCCGGACUGGCGAGCGGAAACGGCGUCUGUUCUUCAGCAGGUGUCGCAGCAGGCGUUUCUAUCCUCCUUCGCCGCCAUUUUCAGCAAUUUCUUGCAAGGCGGGCAGCAGCCCAUCACAGCGCCCGCCACGCUGCUCGUCCCCAGCAACGUGGGUCACUGGCGCUACCUCGCCCGCUGGACCGCCCUGUCCCCCACGCACCAGCGCCGGUUACUGCGUUACCACAUCCUCCCCAGCCGUUACACCGCCCAGCAGCUCCUGGACGCGCCACCCCUCACCCUCUUCCCCACCUUCAACCACCGCCUGCCGCUAAACAAAACGCUUAAGCCGGAAGAAGUGUAUUUCCAGUCGGUUCCACCGAUGAAAUCCGCAUCACCGCUAAGUGUGCCGGAUGCAGGGCUGCGCACGGGGUGA